CAGGUCCCGUAAGUGAAAGAAGAUGGGGUCAGGCUGCCUAAAAGUCACCAAGUACUUCCUCUUCCUCUUCAAUCUCCUGUUUCUUAUUCUGGGCGCUGUGAUCCUGGGUUUUGGAAUAUGGAUUCUGGCUGACAAAACCAGUUUCAUUGCGGUUCUACAGAUGUCUUCUCCCUCCCUGAAGACUGGUGCAUACAUCCUCAUCGGUGUUGGGGCUCUCACCAUGCUGAUGGGGUUCCUGGGCUGUCUUGGAGCAGUUAAUGAAAUCCGAUGUCUCUUGGGUCUGUACUUCACCUGCCUGAUGAUAAUCCUCAUAACUCAGGUUGCUGCUGGACUGGUCAUCUACUUCCAGAAAGAAACGCUGAAGGAAGAGUUGUCCCGCAUAGUUGGAAGUCUGAUUGAAAAUUAUGACCCUUUGAAUGAUGAUGAGAGGAACUUACAAGAUGCAUGGGACUAUGUGCAAACACAGAUCGCCUGCUGUGGUUGGACUGGAGCAAAGGACUGGGAAAAUAAUGAGAUUCUUAUCAACCAAAGCAUGACUGCAUAUCCCUGCUCCUGCUCCAAUAGCUCCAAGGACUUGCAGGUAGAUAGUGGUUUCUGUAAUCUGGAUGUCCCUGUCAACGGCACUGCAACAUAUGCUGACUGGCCUGUUCAUGAGCAGGGAUGCAUGGAUGGUGUAGAGAAGUGGUUGAAGGACAACCUUGGUAUCAUUCUUGGGGUCUGCACCGGUGUUGCUGUUAUAGAGCUGCUGGGGAUGAUACUGUCCAUUUCACUCUGCAAGAACAUACACAGCGAAGACUACACCAAAGUGCCCAAGUCUUGAGUGGGCUGACUCCAGAACUACGGCACCACAGAGAAAGGAGCAAACAGAACAUUCCUGCCUCAUACCCAGACUGUCCAACCAUUGACCAUUAUUCCUGUGACAUCCCAUUUCUGAUACCACUCUGCUAAGAACUGUUAGAGCUGCAAUACAGCCUGAUCUUCUGGCAAUAGGGCCCUUGGGCCACCUGCAUCCUGCCUCUGGAUUAUUUCUACUUCAAGAAGCAGAACUUAACUGUCUCGUAUCACACGAGACACCAAUUAACCUGAGGGGACAAUGCUUUUGCUGCCUGCUCCACGUUAAACAAUACUAUUCAUAUCUCCAUUCUACAACCCAUUGGGCCUAACAUACAGUAACUCCUCUCCCUCAUCGUUCUCCUCCCACACAUCUUUCCCCCUACCCCCAGAAGUCCCAUCUCUUUGUCCCAUGAGCCAGGAUUGCUGUUGAGAUUCCAGUGCUUUGGUAGCUUCACCUGCUUCACUGACUUGUGGUGGUAACUAGUCGUGCUUUGUAAGCCUUCUCCUCCCUGGCAGUUAACCUGAUUCAACUCCUACUGUGCAUCUUCCAGCCUAGGCUCUCGUCUGAAA